AUGGGCCCCUGUACCGCCUCCUCAUGCUGCUGCCAGGCCCCUAAUCUGCCAUGGGCCCCUGUACCGCCUCCUCAUGCUGCUGCCAGGCCCCUAAUCUGCCAUGGGCCCCUGUACCGCCUCCUCAUGCUGCUGCCAGGUCCAGAGUCUCUCAUGGGUCCCUGUACGGCCUCCCAUUGCUGCUGUCUCCAUCGCCACACUCUGCCAUGUGCCACUUUCAGGUCUCCUCACACUGCUGGUGUGUGUUCCAUUUUUUUGUCAUAGGGUGCUGGCAGAUUACGGGCCUCCCAUAGCUGCUGCCAGGCCCCCUAAUCUGCCAUGGGCCCCUGUACCGCCUCCUCAUGCUGCUGCUGCCAGGUCCAGAGUCUCUCAUGGGUCCCUGUACGGCCUCCCAUUGCUGCUGUCUCCAUCGCCACACUCUGCCAUGUGCCACUUUCAGGUCUCCUCACACUGCUGGUGUGUUCCAUUUUUUGUCAUAGGGUGC